GUUCUCCUCCAUGUGAUUUGGCUCCUAACUGAAUCGAAGCUCAUAGCACGCCUCAACUUCAGCUGGCAAUUAAAUGGGAAAAGUCUGUUUGCCUGGCUGCCGGCUACCGGCUACCGGCUGCUAGAAGGUCAAGAUGAAGCCUCUUAAUUUAUAAUCACCGCCUUCGAUCGGGGCUUUUCUAGUAUUUGACUUGCAACUUGGAAGGUGGAAACCAUCCCAGUCUUCACUUCACUCACUUAACUUCCACGUGUAUGUUCACAGUACCAUUCUCUUUCUUUGACCCACUCGGGUCAGUCACUCAACCCUUUGCCUACCAAGAAAACUCAAAUUUGGCUACCAAAGAAUACCCAAAUACCAAACGUGCUCCGCUAUAUUUUUUUUCUCUCUAUUUUGGAAUCUGCUUGUUUUUUAUUUAUUUAUUUUUAUUGCUCCACACCUCCUCCUACUUUCCCACCACUUGUCACGCAACUUCCAGCUCCAGACUCCACUCUUCCCCUUUAUAAAAGCCUCCCCAACGCCCACUCUACUCAUUAACUUUCUCACACUCUUCUUCACUUCUCUAUUCUCAGCGCACAUUCCCCCACCCUUCUUUCUACUUUCAGAUCAAAGCUCAUAACUUUGAAACAUCUAAGAUGGCACUAGAAGCACUCAACUCUCCAACUACAGCAACCCCACCUUUCCAAUUCGAUGAUUCCAGCAAUCUUCAGCAUCUUCCUGAGCCAUGGGUCAAGCGCAAGCGCUCCAAGCGUCCUCACCACCAACCCACCGAGGAAGAGUAUCUCGCUCUCUGCCUCGUUAUGCUUGCUCGGGGCACCACUGCUUCAUCCUCUGCCUCCGCUCUCUCACACCGCCACCCCUCCCCUACUCCAUCUCCUCAGCUUCGGACUUCCACAAAUUUAGAAGAGCAUAAAUCGAGCUAUACGUGCAGUGUGUGUAACAAGUCCUUUUCUUCUUACCAAGCUUUAGGUGGACACAAGGCAAGUCACAGGAAACUCGCAGGAGGCGAUGACCAAUCAACUUCAACUACCACAACUAGCUCCGCCACCGCUGCUGUUUCUAACGGAAGCGGUAAGACUCAUGAGUGCUCCAUCUGCCACAAGUGUUUCCCAACGGGGCAGGCUUUGGGCGGACACAAGAGGUGUCACUACGAUGGCGGUGCAGACAAGAGCGGUGUGACUUCCACUUCUGAAGGUGUUGGGUCAACCAACUCACACAGCCUCAACCAGAGCCAUCGUGGCUUUGACCUUAACCUCCCAGCCUUGCCGGAGUUCGCUGCUGAUUUCUUUGUCUCCGGUGGUGACGACGAAGUUAUGAGCCCACUGCCGGCGAAAAAACCCCGUCUAUUGUUGGCACCCAAAAUCGAAAUCGCCCAAACUCAAUAGGCAAAUUACAGGACUUUAGCAGUGAUAUUUGUAGGAAGAAGAUGAAUUUAGACUAGAUUAAUUAUUUUUCUCUUUUUUUUUGGUACCUUAAUUCAUUUUUUUCGGUGUAGAUAGCAGUUGAACUCUCUGUUUCAGUUGCUCAGUUGUCAAAUUUGAUAUUCCAUUCAACGAAAAAUUUAUUCAAUCAUUAAUUAAUUAUUAAA